CUGUUUUUACUCCAACACAGACCAGGCUGCUGCUUUGGACAUGAAGUCGUGUCUUCUUCUUCUCCUGCUUUGUCUCUGCCAACCGGUUCUGACUGACGAGCUCAGUACGGCAGCUCCAGAAGUUUCCAGCUCCACCGCUGAAGAGGAAAAGAAGAAGGUUCAUGACUGUGGAGGAACAUUCAGCCAUGAGGACUACAAGGCGAUCGGGGGCGCUGUAGAGCGACUGGGUUUAAAGCUGCUGGACAAACUUCCUGUCAGCCCACAGCAGCCCAACGUCAUCCUGUCCCCGCUCAGCUUGGCCUUUGCACUCGCUCAUCUCACCGUAGGUGCUCACAACGAGACAGAGAAGCUUCUUCUGCAGAGCCUUCAUGCCCAACACCUGCCAUGUUACCAUCAUGUCCUGGGAAGCCUUCUACCUCAUUUCAGCCACACAUCGUUGGAGGUAGCAGCGAGAAUGUACCUGAGACCAGGGUUUGAAGUGAAGACGUCUUUCAUUGAGGAGUCUUUGGCCAGAUACCAAUCACGGCCUUUCCCUCUGGUCUCUGUGGAAGAGGUCAACCAGUGGGUGGAGAACAUUACCAAUGGUCACAUUCCCAACUUCCUGGAAAGUAUUCCACAUGGCAUAGUGCUCAUGCUCAUGAAUGCUGUUUACUUCAAAGGGGAGUGGAAGACCCAGUUUGACCCCCUGGUGACCUCAAAGGGGGUGUUUUAUCUGGACAACCAGAACUCUGUUUCGGUGGACAUGAUGAAAUCGGCCCAGUACCCUCUACGUAUGAUGGACGACUCAGACCUGCAGGCCCAGGUGGCCAGUUUCCCCUUCAAAGGUAACACCAGUUUCUUGGUGGUCCUACCCAGAGGAAACGUGUCCUCGGUACUUCCCAAACUGAACAUAUCGAACCUCUACAGACGUCUACCUCAGGAAAAAGCAACGAUGGUCAGUUUACCCAAAGUGAAGCUCGAAUUCCGCCAGGAGCUGGAGGAGGCACUGACAAAGAUGGGACUCGGCUCUCUGUUUUCUGGUCCCGACCUCUCUGGAAUCUCAGACGAGCCCCUCCGGGUGUCGAGCGUCCGUCACGCCACCACCGUGGAACUCAGCGAAGAAGGUGUUGAAGCGUCUGCCACCACGGUUGUGACAAUCACGCGAUCCAUGUCCCACUUCUCUGUCAACUCCCCAUUUGUCUUUGCCCUCAUUGACGACACGUCUCUGGUGCCCCUCUUCAUGGGUGUGGUCACAAACCCCGCCCCCAACAACAACCCUAUGCUCAACGACGACCCCCACGGAAACAGCACAAUGAAUGAUCAGCCUACUGAUGAGGCCAACAGGAACAGAGACGUGAGUGCUGAACUCAGCAACAAGCUGUCAGCAGAGGGGAGCGGUGUGAUGUCCUGCAGCGCCCCCGGUGGUGAGAAGGUGCCACUGCAGCAGCUUGCUGGAACAGAGGGCGACCAUGAGAAACAGACAUGAGAAGAUGAACCCUCCUCUGUGGGACAACCCUGUCCCAGUCUGAGACCAUCUUAAAGAAUCAGGAAACAAGCUACAGUCCUGACACAGAUUCCAUCUUUCAGGUAGAAACAGCCAAACAACCAGUUAGCAACGACGCUACAUUAAG